AUGGAAGUGGGAGCAGUGGACCCUUACACAACAAAUCCAGGUCCAAUUGAUGGUUCAGUUCUAUAUGAUCAAGACAAACAUGUAUCAUCGGCAGUUUGGGAAGGGCAGCAGGAGCGCGGUGCCCUCAGAUGUCACGAACACACUUCAAAACUUGAUCAGUGGACACUUACACCGAAACAGAUUGAAUUGGUAGACAAGGCUGGAUUUGGAUACUUACGGUCAAUUCCAGCUAUUAGUCUAGACAAUCCACUUAUCUCUGCUCUAGUUGAAAGAUGGAGAAGGGAAACAAACACUUUCCACUUUGACUGUACUCAAAUCACGCUUGCUCCCUCUCCUCAACUACCUCCUUUUCUCUCACUCACUCUCUCUUCAAACCCUUUCCUUGAUUAUUGUAGGUAUUUUGUGGCUAAAAGGAGUAGUUGUGGUGGAUUAAUCUUUGUGGAUAAGGAUAAAACAGCAUGCGGUGGUGGUUCAGUCUAUCUAUUGAUGUUUAUCGCAAAAUUAUUUCUUUGA